AUGAGAGCUCAUUUUUCCACUGGCUGGAUAUUUCAGGGCUGGAUUGUGUGUCUGAUUUUUGCUUUAUGCAUCCAGAGGAGGUACGCCAAACCGACCUGUGACCAACACCAGUACCUCAGAUUCAAGAAGUGCUGCAGAACAUGUGAACCCGGAACCUACCUGAGCGCGUACUGUACCGAAACCUCGGACACCAAGUGCCGGCCGUGCGGCAAAGACGAGUACCAGUCGGAGUACAGCACGGAGGAGAAAUGCCACAAACACGACUUCUGUGAUGACGGGAGAGGUUUCUUCCGUCCCACUCCCAGCAGCACCACCAAGUCGGAGCCGUGCCAGUGUAAGGAGGGUUUCCAGUGUACCACCGACUACUGCGAGGUCUGUGGUAAAAUCCCACAAUGCCCCACAGGCCAAGGACUCACAGGCGAACGCGGUAAUCAGUCGUGCAAGGAGUGCAAAGAGGGAUUUUUCUCUGAUUCUAAUUCUGCAGAACCGUGCAAGAAAUGGACAGACUGCAAAGCCAUCGGGAAGAUGCUGGAAAAGCCAGGCAGUGCCAGGGCUGAUGUGGUGUGUGGACCGCCCUUCGUGCCCUCAACAUCAUGGGCCAUGGUGGCAGUACCCUGUACCAUUAUCGUGAUAUUUGCGAUCAUUCUUUCCUGCUAUAAGGACAAGCUGAACCUGCUCUCGGUCAAUUUGCGAACCUGCGUCCAGAAUAUCAAACGCAGCAGAAUUCAGCAGGAGACACUCGCUCCACCCUACCAGAGCAACGGCAUGCAGAACCACUCUCAGUUCGAGAUAACGUCAUGCCUUAUCCCCAAGGACAACAAUCCUCCCGAAUACCUGAGCAUGUGCUGCGAAACGAAAAUCGACUCCAGCGCAUCACAAGACACCAAGACGCAAGACAAGGACGACGGCGCCGACUCCCCCGAGCCUGCUCGGGAGCGGCCCGACGGAUCGGGCAGCUCCACCGAAGGAUCUGUCGGGAUGGGCUCUCCGCUCUCCUGCAGCUGCCUGUUCCUGAAGGAGCCGAUGGAGGUGGGAGAAAACGAGGACUGCAGCGAGCUGGUGGCCACGGGUCUGGCCGGCUGCUGCUCCUGCUCCCAGGCCGAGAACCUGGAGGAGAUUCUGGAGGAGAACGCGGAGGCCAGAUCGGGUCAGGAUGGCAGCGUGAGCCUAAACGAGCCUCCUCUGUGUGGAGACUGCUGCGCUGAGAGACUUCCGGAACGCCUGCAAGGCUCUCAGGAACUCUAUCUGGACUUUGGCGGUGCCGCCGGCAAGAAGGACACGUCGGAAAUCAGGGAUUUGCACAGCGACCCGUGUGCGUACGAGAGAAACGGGCCGCUGUGCUGCAGUAUCGAGUCCACGACGGUACCGUUAACGAGCAGCUCGUGCAACAAUCGAGGUCUUUCGCUGGUCACCAGGGAUGGUACCGACUUACCUGAGGCUGAAGCAGACCUGGAGAUCCAGAACCAGAACACAGACACGCUGACAUGUGCUCAGGUGACCGGGAACAACAACACCACGUUCAUCUCCACCGGCCAGGUCAUGAACUUCACGGGCGACGUCAUUAUGGUAUACGUCAGUCAGACGUCUCUGGGCAGCAGCGGAGAAGCCGAAGAGCCGUACGCCAGUCCGGUUCAGGAGGAAUCGGCCGAAUGCUGCGCUCAGAACUUGCCCAAACUCGGCCAAUGUACUGAAGAGAACGAGAGGCUGUUACCUGUACAGGAAAUGACAAACCUGCGCCCUCAGCUAAACAUUCCUGUCUGA